AUGCACCAGCAUUACACACCACCGGCAUCUGCCAAGGCAACCCCCAAGGCUAAGUCUAGCACUAAGCCCAGCAAGCCAGAUGUUGAAGAUGAGAAGAAGGGAUCGAGGAAGAGGAAAAACAAGCAAUGUGCAGAGAAAAACAAGCAUGCAGAGAAGCCAAAGCGAACUAGGGCACCCAGAAAGAUCGACCCGUCGUGUGUGAACCAGGAGAUGAAGAACCAAGUGAUCCAAACCUUGAAGGAGUGCAAGAGCACCAAUUGCACUCAUCCGUCGGUGCAAAUGAUCAGGAAACCCCAUGUUGACAUUGAGCCUUACAGGACCCGAAAUGCUUGUGGCAUCAAGGUUGCCCGUUCAUUCUUCUCCAGUGACAAGGCCAAAGGUUCUGGGAAGGCUCAUGUCACCUAUUUCUCCGGACAGACCCCUUGUUUCUAUAGCAACUUCAAGCUGGCCGAGCUGUGGGUGAAGCAGUGGGAGCAAUUGGGCAAGCCUGAUCCGCUCUCGGAGGAGAUGACCAAGUUCGUUGCUGAACUCAAAGCCUCACAUGCAGCUGCCGUUGCUGAGCACCAGGGUGAACCCGCUACCAAUAGUUGA